AGCGCUUGAAACCAUAGACAAGGUGGAGUGAACAAAAAAAAAAUACUGACAAGACAAAAAUAAUUUUGUCAACAUGUCGGACAAUGAAGACUUGCUAGGCGACGAUUUGGGUGAUCAUAGCCUUGCCGACUACAAUCUUGGCAACGAGGAGGAGGAGCAACUCCUUGCUGACGACUACGAAAGUAAUUCAUCGCAAAAUGUCCCAGCGUCGGUAGGUCCUACUUAUGGGGCUGGCCCAGAUCUUGUGUCUCCAGAAUAUCCUAGUCAUGGCAUGGACUAUGGUGCGCAGCCGCUUCCAUAUCAGCCUGGGGUGGAGCCGGAGUGCGUAGUGCCCAACAUAACCGUGGAGAUCCCCAACACUCCGAUCCCGGACCACUCUACGUACGCUCCGUACGAGCCCCCGGCGUAUGAGAUUGAACAUGCUGUAGUGCCACCAGCUAUUCCUGCAGCACCAUUGGAAUCUCCACAGAUCGUGCCAUCCGAUAUGCCACCAAAUGCAUCAAAUGGGGAGAUCCACAUCAUUCCCCGGGAGAGGUUCACAUCGGAGCGCACUCCCGGAUCGCAGCGCUUGCCGCAGAUACGGGACAUCCCGGACAGUUUGGAUAAGGUGGUGAUACCGCGCGGCGGCCGCGGUCGCACCACGUGGCGUAACCCACAGUUGAGGCCGCAGCACCCUUAUCGACGCAACAACAUGCACAGGGGCAACUUCAACCAGCGACCAUCGUUCCCCCCUCCACAAAUACGCUCCUCCCCGCCGCAGGUUCGGCCGGAUAUCCGGCCCGAAAUGCGCCACGAGAUGCGACCGGACGUGCCGCCUGAGAUUCGUCCGGAAAUCCAUCAAGUUAGACCUGAAAUACGUCCGGAAGUGAUGGAUAUUCGCAUAGACACCAGGCCGGAUAUGAGACCUGAUAAUAUGCGUCCAGAUAUGAGGCCGGAUAUGCGCCCUGAAGUUCAUCCGAAUCCGAAUAUGCGUCCGGAUAUGCACCCGGAUAUGAGGCCAGACUUGCGUCCGGAUAUGAGGCCUGAAGGUCGUCCGAAUAUGCGCCCAGAUAUGCGCCCGGAUUUCCCGCCAGAGAUUCGCCCGGACUUUCCGCCAGAAAUGCGACCGGAGUUACGUCACGAUCCGCACAUGCCGCCUCAGAUGGGUCCCGAAAUAUCGCCGGAACGCCCCUUAAUGCCGGACUUUCGACCCGACAUUCGUCCUUUCGGCCCGCGCUUCCAAUUUCGCCCAGAAGAGCCGCACUUUCGGCCUAACUUCGAGCCGAGGCCCAUGUUCUUCAGACCUAACUUCAAUCCGAGGCCUUUCGGGCCUCCAGUGCGCGAAAUAAUGCCCGGGGCAGGUCAUAUACCUCAAGUGACGAUACGUCAGCACGUGCCGGUGUCUGUGAACAGUGUGAACAAAGUGGACAGUGUGAACAAGUUUGUGCCCAAACGUGAACAGGAGGUGAUCAUGCUGCCGGUACAACUGCCGCCUCUGUUGCCGCCUGGAGGCUUAGCAGGGAAGAAAGUGCUUAUCAAUCCACACUUCAAAGGGAAUUUCACACAUCCUGUUGAGGUAACCGGGCUGCCAGCAUACAUUCCCACGAGGAUCCAAAAGUCCCCGCCUCCGAGUCCAACCCUGGAGAGCAAAUUCGGUAUUUUAGUAUUGAAACUGAAUAUCUGA